CUCAUCCGCCGAAGAUGUAACAGGUUGGGGUCAGGGUCACAGUCACACUCAUUUCAUCAUAAUAGCAACAAGCAUUAUCUGAACAGGGUUGGGUUGGUAAUACUUCCAAAUUUUCCUUUUUUUUUUUUUUUUCCUUCAAACCCUAACCUCUUUCCCAGAACAAUAGCGAGUAAUUGAACCGCCUUUUCAUCUCUAACUAAAUCUGGUUUCCCAUAAGAAACCACCCUUUAUUUUCCCUUCCAGGUCACAACAUUUGUUGCCUACCGUGGGCACUACUACAGAAUUACCAACUCUUUUUUUUUUUUUUUUUCAUGUUGUUUUUUUCACCAUAUUGGCUUGGCUUCUCUCUCUUUUAUAUUGCCUCUUUGGAUCCUAUGUCUCUCUUUCUUUUUGCCUUUCUGAUUCUCACUCCGAAUAAAAUUUUCUAUAUAUAAAGGACAUUUAGUUUACUGUUGUGAUACAUAGCCCGGUUUUAAAGCAAGGAGUUGAGGGAAUAAAAGCUCUUUUUUUGGCUACCAAGUGUUGCUUUCUUCUUGUGGUUUUUGCUACUUGUUACAGAGAAGCAAUUGGUUCUCUUUUCUUUACCUUUUCUUUCUUGGUUUUCUUUGUUGCUUUCUCCUUGGGGUUGAGGAGAGGUUGCUCUAAGCUUUGAUUUAAUUUUUACUUGAAAGACAUGUCGAGCUGCAUCGAUGUUGGACCUGAGCAACUCUGCUAUAUCCCUUGCAACUUUUGCAACAUAGUUCUUGCGGUGAGCGUUCCAUGCAGCAGCCUGUUUGAUAUUGUGACCGUCCGAUGCGGGCACUGCACCAAUCUAUGGUCCGUGAACAUGGCAGCUGCAUUUCAGUCAUUGUCAUGGCAAGAUGCUCAGGCACCCAAUUAUGCAACACAGGAUUACAGAACCGAUUUGGGUUCCUCUUCCAGAUGCAACAACAAAUUCUCAAUGCGAGCUCCUGUGAACAAUGUCACCGAGGAAAGGGUAGUGAAUCGACCUCCUGAGAAGAGGCAGCGAGUACCUUCUGCAUACAAUCAGUUCAUAAAAGAGGAGAUCCAAAGGAUCAAGGCCAACAAUCCUGAAAUCAGCCACAGGGAAGCAUUCAGCACUGCUGCUAAGAAUUGGGCGCACUUCCCUCAUAUCCAUUUUGGGCUCAUGCUGGAAAGCAACAAUCAAACUAAGCUGGAUGAUGGCUCUGAGAAGCAUCUCGUGUCAAGGACUGCACUUCUGAACAAGUGAUUAUGUUCAACGUUCAAGAAGCACCCUUUCCCACUGGAGAGUUAUGGCUUGAAGUGAAGAAAAGUCUUGAGCCAUUGUGUUUUUUAUGGACAUGAAUUUACAUCCUUUGUUUUAUUUGUCUUAAGCUGUUAGAAUAUGCUAUUUACUUGUUUUAUUUGUCUUAAGCUAUUAGAAUAUGAACUGAACUGAGCUACUUUCGUUUGCUGUCUUCAUCAUAGUAUCCACUUUUCAAGUGAACAUAUUUAUAUAUAUUAUCAUUAAAAAUAAA